AUGAUUGUCGUGAGGCAAGAAUGCCGCAAGAUAGCAAGGCUGAAUCGCAGUGAUUAUGACUCGGACUACGGGUCUGCGCCGUUGGUCCCUGACACAAACGACAGCAUUCACUCUUACGCGCCGGACUCAGAGAUCUAUUCCCCCGACACCUCGUUCGAUGCUGACACCUCGUUAGAUGAACAUGACCCCCGUGGUCAGGAUACGCAGAACCUCCGAGACCUGGAGCCCUAUGGCUCUGUGCAGAAGGUUGGUGUGGCCUCCACUAACCGGGGGAUCCCACACGACUUUUGGGAGCUCUUCAGGCGGGUCCUGCCAGAUGGUGAUGAGCAGGAGGCUGUGCGCGAGGCCUUCGUUGCGAUCUGGGAGCUACAGGAGGAAUGGGUGGCUAGCAAUCGCAAUGGGUUUUUGACGAAGUCUAUUACCGGGAUGCCCGAACAACAGUUCUGGCUGAUCCAAGAUGUGUUGGCCAGGAGCUGGCAGUGGGACUUGCACACCGGCAUACUGAAGCACUGGAUCUCUUUCCUCCAUUGCUUACAUCUUGAUUUCUGGCCACAGGAACGCCGAGCAUAUGCUAUCGCGCCGACAUUCGAUGAUGAGUUUGCCUUUCCCAUUGCGUCCACUGUGAACAGAUACAUGUCUGUGACUGGGUUGGGCUGGUCUAAGGUCACGAUGAGCGUGGCACCCAGGACAAUAAUCAGGAGCCCCGAUGUCGAGUUUUGCAUCAAAUAUGGUGUGGUCAGGGUGGAUGGACACUGGAACAAACUUGGUAGGGAGGUUUCCGUUGUCACGGUGGCUCAGAGCAGGACAGAAUUCACGUAUCAAGCAAAGACGAUGGCCGCCGCCGUGUCCUCUCUCAAAAAGCUCGAGGGCUUCAUGAUGGUGCUUAUAGGAGAUCUAGGCGAGGGUCAUGACAGUCUAGUGUUCAUACCCGCGUUGAAGCUCGAUGCCGGUAUGCGAGUAGAAUGUUGUGUGCUGUCGUACCAACGAGAGGAGUUCGUCAGGUUCAAGGAUCGAGCUGCUCAUGCAGUUGGGUUCCAGGAUUGGGAGAAUGAUACUAAUUUCAUGCCGCAACGCAGGCUGAAGCAUCCCCCUCUGCAGUCGAGAUCGAAAGAUUGGGGACACAUCGGUGCCAAUCUCAUGUCCAUGGUGCACGUGGUGUCGCAGCAGAUCACCGGCGGACUCAUCGGCAUAGCCCGCAAUGAAGGCAAGGUGUUUUUGGGCAGCAGUAUUGGCCCGUAUGGUGCGGAUGGUUUGUUUAGGCAAGAGAUGUAUGGGGGUGAAGAUUGGGGUCACUAA